AUGUCGCGAGCAGCUGGAACUUUACAAACAACUUACAAUGCUACUUAUUAUCCACCUUCACUUAUGCCAGGCUAUAAAGGUCAUGUUCCGACUACACAAUUUCAAUACGGUGAAACAUUUGGUAAUGCAACAGCAAAAUAUUUUCAAGAUUAUCGAAGUGAAGCAUUGAAUUCAUCACAAAGUCUUUAUGCAAGAGGUUAA